CUUCAGCAGGCGUACCCAGGUCAGUGCAAACACUUGCAGCACCGCACAGCCCCGCACGUCCCGCACAGAGCUGCGACCUCAGGUCUGAUCAGACAAACUGUGUUUGUGUCUUGUUUUGCAAACAUCAGCUGCGGAGCUGCUCAUAGAAACGGUCUCGCUGUUGUACGUGAGCUCAUUUUUAAAAUGUCAGCACAGCUCAGUGUCUGCAUGCAGCUCAGAUGAUACGAACACGCUCAGCUUUCUGCUCCGUGCAUGUUGAGUCAUGAAGGAGUUUCUGAGGAGGCUGCACAGCAUCUUUGUGAAAGUCGCUCUGUUUCCGAGCACGUUUGGCAGGACGGCGCCGAGGCCAGCUGCCUCCGAGGUGCUGACCUGCCACCUGCUGCAGCGUGGACUCCCUCCGUGGACUUCAUACUGUGUCCGCUACAGCUCCGUCCACAAUGACCAGUUCGGACUGUCCAACUUUAACUGGACAGUGCAGGGAUCCAACUAUCAAAUACUGAGAACAGGCUGCUUCCCCUUUAUAAAAUAUCACUGCACCAAAGCACCUCAGCAGAACCUGGACUUUGAGGACAAGUUUUUCUCCAUGUUGAAAGUUAUUAAUCUGGGCAUCCCUUGUCUGGCUUAUGGCAUCGGCUGCUGGAUGGUGGUGGGAGCUGCAGAAACGGUGCAGACAAGUGUCGGACCCGUCACAGUUUAUUUUGCCUACAAAGAAGACGAAGGCGCGCAGUACUAAGCCGAGAGAAAACACAGUAUCGAAUGUGUUCUCGAGGAACUGUUGAUUGCCAAGCUGCUGUAUUUACAACAGUUCCCAGGGUGAUGUUCUGGUGGACCUAUUGACAAAAGUGCCAUCUUGUGUCAUUAGUGCUCCCAUUGUUUGACUGCACAGGUUCAUUUGUGUUUAAUUAUUUAAGAUUCAAAAGUUGCAAUGGGGGAGUCAGUUAUGCAUGUUAUUACACUGACAUACUAUACUACACGGUGUUUAUUCGGAAAGCUAACUUUCCAUUAAAAUUUAAUGGAAAGUUUAGGAUUUCUCGAAGAAUAGACUAUUUGACACUGCUCCUUUUCCUGGAUGUCUUCACAGUGGUGUCCGUGACCGUUGUGUCAGCCUCCAGUGCAAAUGUCAAGAGAGUCAAUUCACUGUAAAAGUAUAAAUUUACAACCAAAAAAUAAAAGUGCACAAAAUGAA